CCUUCUCCUGCUCUGAGAAUACCUGCCAUUGACAUGGUGUCACCAAACUAACUGAGUGCAGUGAAGAGAUUUAACUGUCAAUGUUUGGAAGGAAGGUUGUGAAUCAUUUUGCACGUGGAAAAAGAUUUCUUUUUCAACGUUUCUGCACGUUACAUAGAGGGCCAAUGAAGUACAUACUGGUGACUGGUGGUGUCAUAUCCGGUAUAGGAAAAGGCAUCAUCGCAAGUAGCAUUGGCACAAUCUUGAAAUCCUGUGGGCUGAAAGUGACCGCCAUUAAAAUCGACCCAUACAUUAAUAUUGAUGCUGGGACCUUUUCACCUUAUGAACAUGGAGAGGUCUUUGUAUUGGAUGAUGGGGGAGAGGUAGAUUUGGAUUUGGGGAAUUAUGAGAGAUUCUUGGAUAUCAGCCUUUACAAGGACAACAAUAUCACCACAGGGAAAAUUUAUCAACAUGUGAUCAACAAAGAACGGAGAGGAGAUUACCUGGGGAAAACCGUACAAGUGGUCCCUCAUAUCACUGACGCCAUUCAGGAGUGGGUGAUGAAUCAAGCAAAGGUCCCUGUGGACAAAGACCGCCAGGAGCCACAAAUCUGUGUUAUUGAGUUGGGUGGCACAAUUGGGGACAUUGAAGGAAUGGCAUUCAUUGAAGCUUUCAGGCAAUUCCAGUUCAAGGCUAAGAGGGAGAACUUCUGUAACAUACACGUCAGCCUCGUUCCUCAGCCUACAGCUACAGGAGAACAAAAAACGAAACCAACGCAGAACAGUGUUCGUGCUCUCAGAGGUCUUGGCCUAUCUCCAGAUCUGAUUGUGUGCAGAAGUACUAAACCUAUUGAGAUGGCUGUGAAACAGAAGAUCUCUAUGUUUUGUCAUGUUGAACCUGAGCAGGUAAUUUUCGUUCAUGAUGUCUCUUCUACAUACCGAGUUCCCAUCUUGUUAGAGGACCAGGGGAUAAUCAAGUAUUUUAAACACAGACUGAACCUUCCUAUUGAUGAUCACCAAAGCACACAGCUUCUCAAGUGGAAAAGAAUGGCUGACAGAUAUGAACGAUUGCUGCAAACCUGUUCAAUCGCCCUGGUUGGAAAAUACACAAAGCUGAGUGAUUGCUAUACAUCUGUCUUCAAGGCUCUGGAACACUCAGCGCUGGCUAUAAAUCAUAAGCUGAAUUUAAUGUAUAUAGACUCUGCUGAGUUAGAACCCUCUACUAAAGCUGAAGACCCUGUGAAAUUCCAUAAGGCCUGGGAGAAGUUGUGCAAAGCUCAGGGGAUUCUGGUUCCCGGUGGUUUUGGAUUACGAGGCACAGAAGGAAAACUUCAAGCAAUUACCUGGGCAAGAGAAAGGAAAGUGCCUUUUCUAGGAGUAUGCUUGGGCAUGCAGCUAGCAGUGGUGGAAUUUGCAAGAAACUGUCUGAAUUGGAAAGAUGCAAAUUCUACAGAGUUUGAUUUAAAUACAAAGAACCCAGUGAUCAUUGAUAUGCCUGAACACAACCCAGGUGACAUGGGUGGAACAAUGCGACUGGGGAAGAGAAAGACUGUUUUUACAGCCUCUGAUUCCGUCCUAAAGAAACUCUACAAUAAUGCAGAGUUAAUAGAAGAGCGUCAUAGGCACCGGUAUGAGGUAAACCCAGAGCUAACACAGCAGUUCGAAGAAAAAGGCUUAAGAUUUGUUGGACAUGACACAGAGGGACAGAGAAUGGAAGUCGUUGAACUUGAAGAUCACCCAUACUUUGUAGGUGUGCAAUUCCAUCCAGAAUUCUCAUCCAGACCUAUGAAACCUUCUCCUCCAUACCUGGGACUAAUGCUGGCUGCCUCAGGAAAACUUAGUACAUUCAUACAGAAUGGCUGCAAAUUAUCUCCCAGGAACAGCUACAGUGACGUCAGUGACGAGAGCCCCUCCGAUAAUUAGCUGCAUUUAGUAAUUUGUGAUGCUCAAAUACCAGAGGCAAAGCUGACCGGAGAAAUGACACACUACAAAAUAAAUCACUCUACAAACUUCUGCAUAGACUAUUACCAUCCAUUAUUACAGCUAUAACUACGUUGUAAUAAUAAGGACUUACACUGUUUAUUCUUGUGCAGGGCUGUGUAAAAACCUAGUUCUUCAUGCCAAGAUACUGUGUCUGGGGCGUCUAAG